AUGAAGCAGGAGCAAGUUUUAUCAAUGUCUCAAUGUCCACCAUCACUUCAAAAUGGUUUGGAGAAGAUGAAAAAAAACGUCCGAGCUCUGUUCACACUCGCAGCAAGGGUCUCCCCAACUAUUAUCUUUGUGGAUGAGGUUGACAGCAUGCUUGGGCAGCGGACCAGAGUUGGGGAGCAUGAGGCCAUGAGGAAGAUAAAAAACGAGUUCAUGACACACUGGGAUGGGCUGUUGACAAAAACCGGAGAGCGAAUUCUUGUUCUGGCUGCAACCAACAGACCAUUUGACCUUGAUGAAGCAAUCAUCAGGCGAGUCAUGGUUGGUCUUCCCUCCGUCGAGAAUAGGGAAAUGAUCUUGAAAACUCUUCUUUCAAAAGAAAAGGUUGAAAAUCUAGACUUCAAGGAGAGACAAAAGGAUAUGGAAAAGAAGAAGAGAGAAGCACAAGGCAAGAGCUCAGAAGAUGCUUCAGAGACAAAAGAGGAAGAGAAAGAGGACCGAGAAAUUACUCUGAGAGCUUUAAACAUGGAAGAUAUGCGGCAGGCAAAGAAUCAGGUUGCUGCCAGUUUCGCUUCAGAGGAUCAGUAA